AUGAGGUUUCUCUUAAUAUUGUCCUAUUUCUUUGGAACCUUGGCCAUAUUAGUCCAAUCUACGAAUCUCUACCAGGUGCUUGGAUUACCUCGAACAGCUUCGGUGAAAGAAAUUAAAAAAGCUUACAAAAAACUUGCUCUUGAGUUCCAUCCGGAUAAAAAUGAUGCUCCCGAUGCCAAUGAAAAGUUCAUGGAGAUUAAUGCGGCUUAUGAGGUUCGUCACCAAUCUUGUAAUUCGGACAGCUGUGAAUAAUUCCAAACUCAUUGUCUUUGAUUUCAGAUUCUAAAUGAUGCUCAAAAGAAGGAGCAAUAUGAUAAAUACGGAACGGUGACUGACAACGGCCACAUGGGUCGAGGCGGGGAUAAUUUCUUCAAUGGCCGGCAAUUCGAUGAUUGGGUAUGUAGAAGUUGGCUUUAAUUUGCAUGUAUUUAGUUCUUUGGUGGCCAUGGAGAUGGUUCUCGACGACAGAAGCAAUCAGUAUUUGAGAAACAUCGACUAACCCAUCACAUGUACAUACACUCGGUCUUGGAACAGUCGUAUUACAAGCCGUAUAUUAUAUUUGCUUACUCUACGUACUGCAUGUCGUGCUUUACAUUGCAAUCAUAUUGGACUGAUGCCGUCAACGACUUGGAGGCAUUGGGUAAGCUGUUCAUAUUUUUAGGUACCUAAAUUUGUUAGAAACAAUUUUUGUUAUCCGGUAUCUAUAUUAUACAAAUUAAAUUAUGCAGGAUAUGGUGUGGGGACGGUUAAUUACAUUUUCGACGGAAAUCUCUUUGAAAAGCUGCGAAUUGGACGAUUGCCUUCGUUAUUGGUACUGGUCGAAGGGAAAGUUGUGCAUUAUCGAGGGAAUUACGCUGAUCUGACUGCGCGGACUAUUCGAAUGUUCGCUCGGGAUGCGAUUCCGAACACUUUCAUGAUGAGGGUCAAUAAUUAUAGCGGUCUCAAACGAUUCUUAGAUCAAUGGCAGAAUACAAACAAGGUAAGUCAUGUUGUUCAAGGUAUUUAUUUCUCAUUUUAGCCAUCAGUCUUAUUCCUUGGCGCCAGCAAAGAACCUAGAUUGAGAUAUCUUUUGCUGGCCAUGAGAUAUUCUCAUUUUGCUCGGUUUGGUUAUGUUAAUGCUCUCGAUAAUUCGAAUGAUGUCAGAGAAAUGAAGAUCGCUUUGGACAUCAGAUGCGACUCCUGUGAAAAUGUCAUCGUUUUCAAGGAAAAUCCAGAAGUAAGUAGGAGGAUCUCAAGUCCUACAGUGGCGGUAAAAAACGGUCAUCCCAUAGUGAUUCGCUGUAGCUCCGGACCGUUACAUUUCGCCGAGUCUCUCCGAUAUUGAGGCAAAGUGUACAGUGCAAUAUAUAACUACUUUUAAAAAAUAGGUUUUGACAGAAAUACUACAUUCCAACUAGCUUUCACAACUCGGUCCCAGAUUUUUUGCGUAUAGAAAUUAUCCCUAAUUUUUAUUUCAAAUUUCAGAAUGGUGAAAUUGCGAGAUUACAAGGUUCUGGAAGUCAAUUUACCACCGAACAAUUGAACGAAUUUAUGGAGAAGAACAAGUUUUUAGUGUUUCCCAGGGUAGGUGAUAGUCAUCAUAAUGUAGAUGUUCUCGUUCAGAUUUCUUCCAUGUCAUAUAUGGACCAAUUAUGCCCAGUAUCGUCAAGAUCUCAACGUCAUUUCUGUUUUAUCUUCCCCGUCGAAAAUUUUGAGGGAAAAUUCUUGAAUUCGAUUAGAGAUUUUGUGAAUCAGAACUCUGGAUUUCUGGAAAAACAUCGAGUGAAGGUGGUUCAGAUCUCAAACAAAGCCCAAUCCGACUUCAUGAAGCAUUUUGAGAAGCCAGGACAUUUAGAUUCAGAGGUAAGAAUUAAAAAAAAUAUAUAUAUAAGCCGUUGUAAGAGUAGUAAUGAAUUGAAAUUUGCAGCACAAAUCGUUCCUGGUUGUCUGGCGACACGAAUAUGUAAAAGCGAAAUACGUCUGGAUCCCCAUUAAUCCCUCAUCAUCCAUUUCUCGUCUAAAGUCCGAGGUCGAGAAGGUGUUUAGGGGUGAUGUAAGGAUCACCGAAUUAGCUAACGUAGCCAAACUAAUCGAUGAAUUUGAACCUUCUUUCUUCACGAAGUUUUCAAGACAUGUGGUGAGGAUGGCCUUGACUCUGUGGUUCCAUCUGACGAAAGAGGACAUCCUUCCCAUUGUUAGUGUCAUCGGAACCAUGUUGUUUAUUUUAGUCGUGGGAUAUCUACUCAAUUACAUGAUUGGAGAUAACAAAGUUAGAGCAUUUGAUCAGGUAAGGAUUGUUUUCUGUUUUUUAUUCUGUCUUUUAGAAUUCUGAAAAACCACCACCUUAUACGUCUGAAAGUGAUUGGCAUCCAGAAGAUCCAAAAUCCAACCUGAAACGACCGGAGCCUUUAUCAAAGAAGAGCAGGGCCUGGGCGGAGAUGGAACCCAUUAUCCACGAGUUGAGAGCCGAGACUUAUUUUGGUCUUAUCAGACUUCUGAAGCCGGGUUGCAGGUCGAUUAUUGUGUUGGUAGAUGCAGAGUCCAAAGACACUAUGCUUCGGCAAUUCGCUCGUUAUGUAUAUUUAUUACGAAAGUACGUUUUUUCGUUUCUUUUCACUUAAUGUAACACUUCUUUAAUUAAUGUUUGUUUAGGAAUAAAACGUUCUCGUUUGGAUAUCUCAAUGUAGAUAAGAAUCUGCAUUGGUUCAGAGCCCUAUUAGAACACAUCUGCCCGGCAUCUGAAGAUGGAACAAACGAACAGAUGGCGAAACGUCUAAAGGUAGGAUUACUAUGUAAUCUUCUUAUUUAUUUGCCAGGAUAUCAACCCAAAACAAACCCUUGGAACUGUCUUGGUGCUUUGUGGAUACAAAUUAUACUUCAGCAUGUAUCACCCGCUUCACAAAGGAUCCAGACCAAAAGAUUCCGAAGAUUCUGAGUCGGAACCUGAAGUCAAAGAGGUAUUAACAAAUAGUAUUAUCUAUCUUCAUUUCUUUUAGAAGAAGAAGAUAAGUCAGCAGAAUGUCCUCGAUGGUCUCCCCAACUUCUUGGACCGGCUUCUGGAAGGAUCCAUUCGAAGAUAUUACGUCCCAGAAUGGCCAGACACCUUAAAAUAA